GUAGAUGAUAAGUCAACAUGAUAAGGUGUUUGUUGAUCACAUUUUUCGUCUCGUCUGCUCUCUGUCAGACGUCAACGAACCACGCUCUACUGGAUAAAGAAGAUGUUCAGCUCCGACUCACAGACAGCGCAAAAGGCCCGGGAUUCAGCCUGGUUCUCAGCAGGAUUCAUGACAUUUCAGAUGGAACCGCAAUCGUGAUAGCCGUGUUGGGGCUGCGAGUUGGAAACCCCAUCGACAUCAAACUGAAGGACGACGUUGAGUUGUACUUCAACAACAAUAUCACUUUGAAGAUCACCUACACACAUGUACAGGAAUCGAGAGGUUUCGAUGUCUCCGUGGUGUGGACAGCCCCAGCCGAUGUGAGGCUAGAAGACUGCGUCAAUUUGGGUUUGGAUCACUGGUACGGUGGUCCACAACAGAAACGUCAGUUCUGGCCGAUAGAGAAGCUGGUCCUGCACGAGUACUCCUACAUCACCAAGGAGGCUGACAACUGCGGGAUAGCCGAGCCUUAUUGGCUAAGCUCCAGUGGCGUCUUCUACUAUUUCGACCGAAAAGUGCCGCUAUUCGUAGACCAGAAUGUUAAAGAGCAUCAGGCGGCAUGCUUCAUAGCCCAAGUAAAGUCCCCAUACUCCAGCAACAGAGAACAGAACUCUUUAGCGUAUAACAUCGGAAUCUUUGAUGACGCGCGCCAAGCACACCAAUACGCUAUAGCUGCACAUUUGAACAAGCCAGGAGGCAUGCCCGACGAGAGGAUGAUCACCAACCCCAUUUGGUCUACAUGGGCGAGGUACAAGAGGAAUAUUAACCAUGACGUAGUAUUGAAGUUCGCCGAUGAAAUUAACAGCUACGGGUUCCCAAACAGUCAGAUAGAAAUUGACGAUCUUUGGGAGGUCUGCUACGGUUCCCUGACCGUUGAUGAAAGAAGGUUCCCGAAUAUGAAAGAUACGGUGGAUAAGCUGAAGGAGAAAGGGUUCAGGGUAACGCUGUGGGUCCAUCCGUUCAUCAAUAAGGGCUGCGAACCGUGGUACAGCGAAGCGAAGGAAAAUGGAUAUCUAGUGGUAUCCGAAGCUGGAUCCGUGGAGACGAGCUGGUGGAACGACAACGGUACCACCACAUCCCACCUGGACUUCACCAAGCCCUUGGUGCAGAAGUGGUACACGGAACGACUGAGAGCGCUGCAGACUGCGUACGGCAUAGACAGCUUUAAGUUUGAUGCUGGAGAGAGUAGUUGGACUCCACAGAUACCAGUUCUCCAGGGAGACAAGGCGAAUCACCCGACAGUGAUCACGGAGGACUACGUGCGGACCGUGGCGCAGUUCGGACCCCUCGUCGAAGUGAGGAGUGGUUAUAGAACACAAGACCUACCCGUGUUCGUGCGUAUGUUGGACAAGGACAGCUACUGGUCCUUCGAGAACGGUCUACCGACCCUCCUGACCACCGCCCUCCAGAUGACCUUGAGCGGCUAUCCCCUGGUGCUGCCGGAUAUGGUGGGAGGGAACGGGUACAACGAACCUCCCAGCAAAGAGCUCUUCAUACGGUGGCUCCAAGCGACUGUGUUUAUGCCGGGGCUGCAGUUCUCGUAUGUGCCAUGGGAUUUUGAUAAUGAGACGAUCAAAAUCAGCCAAUCCAUGGUACAAGUACGUCAGAAGUACUCAACAGUUCUGACCGGUGCCGCUGCGAGCGGAGCGCCUGUCGUAGCGCCAGUGUGGUGGGCGGACCCCAACGACAGAGAGGCGCAAGGGAUAUGGGAUGAAUACCUAGUCGGCGACAUCCUAGUGGCUCCCGUGCUGACAGAAGGUGCGGUCUCCCGCGACGUGUACCUACCACGAGGGCGCUGGCGCGUGACAGAAACGAGCCUGGUACUAGACAGCGGCUGGCACAGAGAGCUGCCGGCACCGUUGGAUACGUUAAUGUAUUUCGUUAGAGAGACUUUGUGAUAACUAGUAUUAAAAGUAAUUAUUACAAUAAAAAACAUACUUAAUCUUA